AUGUUCUCCCUACGAACCUUUCGCCAAUCUACCCUGCUCCGCUCAGCUACCAGCUCCACGAACCGCGUAGCAGUCUCCGGACGGCGUCUGUACAGCGACUACGGCUCGGGCGAGGCCAAUCCAGACACCCCCAAUCCCGCCGUCGACAAGGAACAUCCAGGUCCGCCGCCGCCAAACGCAAAGGGCAAGGGAGAGCAGCAGCAGCAGCAGGACUCUUCCGCGUCCAAGGGCAACGACAGCGACAGCAGCAAGAGUACGUCAGGACCACAACCCAAAAUCUUAGCCGCCAAUCCACCCGCGCAGGGCGAGGAACCGGAGGAUGUCGCCCGCCACAACCGCGAAAUGCAGCAGAGGGCUGAUCGACCGCAGGAGAAGGUAGCGAGUGAGGAUGCUGCCGAAGACAAGGUCCCCAAGGGCUGGUGGAGUGGUGAGUAUAGUCUCGUCGCAGACAAGCAGGCGAAACCUGAUGACUACUGGACGGAAGCUGAAAUUGAUAUGCAGGUACUGGCGGUGUCGACAAGGGCCCUUGA